AUGAGUGUGCACGAAUCUUCACUUCCACCGUCUGACGGAAGUUUUGUUGCAGUACAGUCCCCUGGGCCUGAACCAGAAACUUCAGAAAGCUCCCAGGAGGCUGAUCAUCCUAGUCCAGUUUCAGUUCUGGAAGUCCAUUUCACAGAUGAUGUGUCGCCUGGUUCUGAAUGCUUUGAGAGAGUCGGUGCUGGCCUUCAGGGUAAAUAA